GGUAACCGAGCGGACCGCACGUGGGAGUCCCGCUGCGGGGUGCCUUGGCAGGGAGCAGCCUGCAGAGUUUCGGUUUGAAUUCCAACCUCCGCCCGAGGCCGCCGCCCAGCAACAGAUGACAAGCACCACGGCAGAGCCAACCCAAACCGAGUCCUCCCGGGGCGCAGACACCCGGCUCCUUCCUCUCUGCUUUCUUCGCCUGCGGAAAGGACGGCGCAUUGCGGACUCUGGAGGCUGUGGUUUUCAGCCCGAGAGCCAAGAGGCCAUGGUUUCCGCCCCUGCAUCUGCCAUCUCUUGACAUGCAGCCCAGAUGGAUACAUGGCGUUCCCCAGCCCUCCCCGUGCUCUGCCUCACCUGCCUUGUCUUGGUCCAGUGGCCCACUCCUUGGGCAGCUCAGUUUGCUGUGAUAGGACCCUCUGGGCCCGUCGUGGCUGUGGUGGGUGAAGAUGCUGAUCUGCCCUGUCACCUGUCCCCAGCGAYGAGCGCAGAGACCAUGGAGCUGAGGUGGGUGAGGUCCAGCCUGAGGCAGGUGGUGUUCGUGUACGCAGACGGAAAGCAAGUGCAAGACAGACAGAUAGCCGAGUACCGAGGCAGAACCUCCAUUCUGAGAGACGGCCUCGCUGCAGGGAAGGCUGCGCUCCGAAUACACAGAGUCAGAGCCUCUGACAAUGGAAAGUACCUGUGCUAUUUCCAGGAUGGCAACUUCUAUGAGAAAGCCAUAGUGGAGCUGAAGGUGGCAGAAAGGACCAAGGUGGGAGUAGAGCUGACUUGUGCAGCACUGGGUUCUGAUCUUCACAUUGAAAUGAAGGGUCAUAAGGAUGGAGGGAUCCAUCUGGAGUGCACAUCCACCGGCUGGUUCCCCCAGCCCCAAGUAGAGUGGAGAGACGCCUCGGGGAAGCGCAUCCCAGCUGCUGCAGCACCUGCAGAUGCAGAUGGAGCAGGCCUAUACACAGUGGCAGCCUCAGUGAUCCUGAGGGGUGGCUCUGGGCCCGGGGUAUCCUGUACCAUCAGAAAUUCCCUUCUCGGCCAGGAGAAGUCAGCCAAGAUUUCCAUCGCAGGCCCCUUCUUCUCCAGCGCGCGGCCCUGGACCUCCGCCUUGGGGGCGACCCUGCCCAUCCUGCUGCUGCUGCUCGCAGGGGCCGGCUUCUUCUUGUGGCGACAGCAGAAAGUAAACAAGGCUCUGUCCGCGGAGAAAGAGCAGGAGCGGGUGCAGAAAGAGAAGGCCCAGGAGGAAACCGAGCAGGAGCGGAGCGCGAGAGAGAAGCUGCAGUAUGAACUCAAGUGGAGAAGGAUCCAGUACCUGGCUYGUGAGUGGCCAGUCCACCCACUUUGUAUGUAUGUACUCCUGUACCCAAGUGGAGGUGUCACCAUGUCUAGAUGUGUGUGGAUAGUGUGCAAGAUUCCAAAGUUCAGCCACGCAGAGCUCAGGAGACAUCUCCACUUUUCUUCCUUUGCAGGUGGGGCAAAGUCUUCAACCUACGCUGAUUGGAAGGCAGCUCUCUUCCAAGCUGCGGACGUGGUCCUGGAUCCUGACACAGCAAACCCCAUCCUCCUUGUUUCUGAGGACAGGAGGAGUCUGCAGCGGGCAAAGGAGCGACAGGACCUGCCAAACAACCCUGAGAGAUUUGAUUGGCAUUACUGUGUGCUUGGCUGUGAGAACUUCACAUCGGGGAGACACUACUGGGAGGUGGAAGUGGGGGACAGGAAAGAGUGGCAUGUCGGGGUGUGUGGGGAAAARGUGGAGAAGAAAUGUUGGGUUAAAAUGACACCUGAGAAUGGGUUCUGGGCCAUGGGGUUGUCUGAUGAGCAUGACUAUCGGGCUCUCACUGAACCCAGGACCAAGCUGACCCUCUGUGAGCCCCCCAGCAGGGUGGGGGUCUUCCUGGACUAUGAGAUGGGGGAGGUGUCAUUCUAUAAUGCAGUGGAUGGAUCUCACAUCUACACCUUCCCUCAGUCCACCUUCUCUGGGCCUCUGUGGCCUGUUUUUAGAAUUUUGACUUUGGAGCCGACUGCCCUGACCAUUUGCCCAGUGCUGAAAGGAACGGAGAGGCCCCUUGUUUCUGACCUAGCACCUGACCUUCCCCCAGAGACCCCAGGGACCUCGUGCUUAGCAAACGGGAGGGAGGAGCCCCAGGCUGAGGUCAGGGCCCCUCUCCUCCCCCAUAGCAAUCCACUGCAGCUGUAAAGCUACCUGCACGCGCUGCGCCAAGCACUUUACUGACCUCUGUUCAGCUGUUCUGUGAGACAAUUCCUCUAGAUCAUUGCCACUUUACUGACAUGUGUCCAGAUGUCAGGCAAAUUUUAUGUAGAAAAGAGAAUAGAUUUUCCAAAGAUACCAUGGCUCGUGAACAAAGAGCUGGAAUUUGGACAAUAACUGUUAUGGAGAACCUGAGACGGGUCCCCUGCUCUGAGAUAGCUGCCUUAGGCGGAUCUCACUCACUUAAUUUUCAAACAACCCUGUGAAAUAUUCUCAAUUUGAAGUUGAGGCAAGGCAAAGUUAAGUCACAGAUAAUUCAAGCAGUAAGUUGUGCAAUAAGAGGUGCUCAGCUUCUGUCCCCUACCACCCACCUGUUCCUCCCUUCCAGCCAGAUUAUCCCCAUGGGAAGGGCCCAGGUGCAACCCUGAGGUCCUUCUCCAUGGAAAUCCCAGAUCAGGAUCAUUGACUAUGGUGUGGAGGCCACACACUGCUUUGUUUCUCCCCAGCACUUUUUGGGUGGCUCUGCUAGGUGAUUUGGCCCUGAAAAUAAAUUCAUAGUACAAGCUGGAUCACACAAGGCUGAGAGACACACCCUUAAUAAUGAGGCAUAGAUGGCCCACGCUGAAAUGCUAUGCAUGAUCACGGAGCCAAARAGCUGGAAUUUGAAGAAUAACUGUUAUGGAGAGUUAACUGUUAUGGAGAACUAAACUCCCUACACUAGAGGUCUCUGGGAACCACAGCUAAGAGAUUGUCCACGAAACAAAAAUUAGGGUAGGAGAAGCCAGAAGAGUUUCAAGGGUUUUUCUCUGAACUGUAGAGUCCAUCUCCAGGAAAGGGGCCACGCAUGCUGGCUCCCUGGGGGACCAACAUUCUUCUAACCAGUGAGCGCCAAAGAGGAGCUGCUCUGAGCGUCACUGCUACUGCUCACCACUGUCCCCUCUGCCUGGCUUGUGGUCCUAGGGUUCUAGUUGUUCAAUAAAUUCAUCAGUAUUCUCAUA